AGAUUACUUAGCCGACUGGGCAAAAAAUUGCAUUCGACGUAUCUAACGAAAAAGUAAUAUCACAUUGAUCUGAAGUCAAAUUAAAUAACCGAAACUAGUAUGGCAAAUGCUGAUAUCGAAUCUCGAUCAAGUCGCUGGAGAAAGGCAAUGGUAGGUCCACUACCAAACGAUUUUCUCCGGAUAAACAACGGCGUCGAUCCGCAAGUAGCAGCAGACUGUCAGGCAGCAACCGCAGUCUACCAACAACAAGCAUAUCCACAAUAUGUUGCUCCAAAUUACGUCGGCCGCUUAAGUAUCACCUGUGCACAAGCGAAAUUGGCACGCAACUAUGGCCUUACCCGCAUGGACCCAUAUGUGCGUAUACGUGUCGGCCAUUAUGUCUAUGAAACACAAACAGAUCCGAAUGGCGGAAAACAUCCACACUGGAAUCGGGUUAUACAAAGUCAACUAGCGGCGGGCGUUAAUUCCAUUUUCAUUGAAAUAUAUGACGAAUGUAGUUUUAAAAUGGAUGAAUUGAUUGCUUGGUGUGAAAUUAAAAUACCACAAAGUGUAAUGCGUGGUGAAACACACGAGGAAUGGUAUCCACUAAGUGGCAAGCAAGGUGAAGGCCUCGAAGGUGCCAUUGAUAUUGUCUUGAGCUUCUCAAAUCAACCAAUGCCGCCAUACAUGUACCCAAGCAUGGGUGGAACUGCACAAAUGCUGAUGGUGCCGCCAGGUAGACCAAUGCCAAUUUUCGUCACACCGCAGCAACCGGCAGUUGCAAAUACGGUGAUUACCCCGGCACCGCCACGGCAAUUGUCCGAGGAGGAAUUGAAACAAAUACACGAAAUGUUUCCCAAUAUUGAUAAAGAAGUUGUCAAGUCUGUUUUUGAGGCGAACCAUGGUAAUAAAGAUGCUACAAUAAAUUCCUUGCUGCAAAUGAACGAGUAAGGGGGAACGCGGAAAGCUAUUCACAUACAUACAUAACA